CGCCAUAGAGAAAAAGCGGCUUUUUUUUUUUUUUAAUAGAAAGGUGUAUGUGGACCACAGGACUGGUCGUCUUGUAGUCCGCAUACAGGAGAUGUUAUUUUUAACAUCAUCGAAUGGCAUGCGAAAAGUUUUCUAAAUCGGAUUUCUCCAGUUCAAACCCUUCCAUAUAUCUUCUUUGGACAGUUUUGGUAUGAACGGUGGACCUACGCUGCUUUUGUAAUUCUUAUAUUAAUGAGUCACAGUUCUCUUGCUAUUGGAUAUGAUUUAAGAUUAAAGGCAUCAGUAUGGUUGAAAAUUCACCAGCCCCAUUGCCUGAAAGAGCUAUAUAUGGUUUUGUUCUUUACUUGGGCUCUCAAUUUGCCUUUAUUCUGUAUAUUGUGUGGUCCUACAUACCUGAAUCCUGGCUGUUCUCGUUGGGCUUAACAUACUGGCCUCAAAAAUUCUGGGCUACUGCAUUGCCUGUGUAUCUUUUAGUUGCUGUGGGAAUAGGCUAUGUACUCCUCUUUGGUAUUAACAUGAUCAGUACAGCUCCAUUGAAUUCUACAGACACUAUAACAGAUCACUAUGCAAAAAAUCAAAAGCAGAAAAUACCACAAGAAGAAGCAAUUCCUGCAUUAAGAGAUAUUCCUAUCAAUGAAGUAAACAAAAUGUUUUUUCAUAGUAGGAAAGAGAAUUAGUCUAGAGGCUCAUGUAAGAAAGUAUUUAAAAUUUGUUCUCAUGAAACACGAUAUAGAAAUAUUGAUAAUAGGGUGCCAAAACACUUGACUUCAGACAGCUUGGAUAGAUUAGCCAUAAAAUAAGACUGUAAUAGUUAAAUGGUGGAGCCUCUUAGGGCAUUGUAUUUCCACAACUUUUGAUUCAUUCAUCCUUAGUCCAGAUUGCUUUUUUCUUAUACAUUGCAGAUACAGUUUUUCAUUUGUUCUCUCCUAUAGCUGAUACUGUAUUCUAAAUUAUUUGAGGACGGUAGUUUCCACGUGAAGUUCUAUUGACAAAUCCUGCUAUGUAUUUUCUAUGUCAAUAUAGUAUAUUCACAUGACAGUGAAUUUAGUCACUUCUCAGUAGUGUUCUGUUUUGUAUAUUAGCUAGACUUUGUAUUAUUUAAGGAUACAUUCCAAGAACUGAUACAUAAAACUACCAAAUGUGGUGGCUGUUUCUUUUAACAAGGUACACCAUGUAAAAUUAAGAUCAUGUUUAUUAUAAAGCAGCUUAGAUAAGUGCAUAAUAGAAAAGUUAUGCUGGAUUAAGCCCAGAAUCAUUACCCUUAGAUGUUUAGAUGUGAUUUUUCUUCCAUGUGCAUAGAAAAAUUAGCUAAAGUAAGCAAAGUUCAGAUUUUUAAAGUUAUAGAUACUGAAUGUAUUCCAAUGUGAAAGUAAUACUAUAAAUAAUUCCAAUUGAAAUGCAGACCUCAGUCUUGAAUGUAAUUGCUUCAUAACUAGUCAUAUUUAUAUGCAUACAUAUUAAGAACCCUUUAACAAUUAAAGACAUUUUCUUUACUCGCUGUA